AUGUCCAUUAAGUUAAACUGUAUAGGCAAAAAGUGCCUCUUCGAUGAGCAACAACCGUCUCUUCGUUCAUUAUUCGAAAUUCUAAAGGAUCCAUUUAAAGAGUUACGUUCACUUGAUUUGCCAUUUCGCUUAUGUGCUAAUCGACUGAAUGCACUGGAAGAUUCACUUUUAAAUAAAGAAUUGUCUGAGGAUAAAACUGCUGAAUUACUUAAACAGAUGGAAAAUGAGUUGUUCAUUGCUCAGUGUUUGUCUCUGGCAAAACGUGAUUACUUGAUUACUAUUGCAUCAACGCUGUCAAGAUUGUCUGGUCGAACAGAAAAGGCUAAUAAUGAAAAAGCUCUAAAAAUUCGAGCAAAAAAAACGACAGGCAAAACUAUUCGUCGUUCGGAUCGAGAUAAACGAUCAGCUGGUGAAUUCACAAUUAAAGAAAAUGAAAUUGUUUCUGCAACAAGUUCGGAUCGAUCAUUUUUUAAUAGUUCUCCAGCAACGUUUCGCUGUAAACGAAAAUCAAAUCAACUGGAGUUAUUUUCACCGCUGAUUUCUCUCACGAAAAGUUCAUCUGAUAUAUCUAAUUCAGCUUACAAAAGAAGAACUUCAGAUUCGACUCAUCAGUCAAGAAAACGCGGAAGUGGCGGGCGCGGAAGCAAACCUCGUAAAAAGCAAGUAACUACCAUUUCUAUAUCUGCAUCACCCGAUGAACCGCUUUAUUGUACUUGUCGUCAGUUAGUUCAACCACCAAGGAAGUCAUGUAACCAGGGAAACAGUUGGAAAAUAUCAUUUGGAGAAAUGAUUGGAUGUGACAAUGAAAAGUGUGAAAUUGAAUGGUUCCAUUUUGAAUGCGUUGAUUUGAAAGUAAAGCCAAAGGGUAAAUGGUACUGCCCCCAAUGUCGCGGUGAUAAAACUAAUUUACCUAAAUCUUUAGUAAAGAUUCGGAAAUCUGUUCUUCAUGAAAGUAUAUUGAUAAUGCAGCUUAUGGAAAUCAUUAAUAAGGGAACCUAUGAAAUCCAAGAUGUAAAUCAUUUUAGAGAAUAG